AAAAUGCACUUUCUUUCCCACAGCGUGCGUUGUACAGUCAAAAGGAGACGGGAGUGACUUUAGAACUAUUUCACAUAUUAAUAUUUUAGUUUUAAUCCAGUGAAAAUAUGGAUCUUGUACAGCCGACUCAGGAGAAUGCGGGACAGAUGGUGAAGGACGAGUUGGCAGAGAAAUGCCAGAAGCUUUUCCAGGCUUUCUUAGAAGAGUACCAGACAGCAGACGGUGAGGUGAAGUAUGUCCGUGAUGCUGAGGAGCUGAUCAGGCCAGAGAGAAACACUCUGCUGGUCUCCUUCACUGAUCUGGAAGGAUUUAAUCAGGAACUGGCAACCACCAUCCAGGAGGAGUUCUACAGAGUGUAUCCCUUCCUUUGUCGUGCGGUGAGGAACUUUGCUAGGGAUCAUGGGAAUGUCCCAGUGAAUAAGGAGUUCUACUUGGCCAUUCAGGACCUGCCCACCAGACACAAGAUCCGUGAGCUGUCCUCCCUGCGUAUCGGCUCUCUGGUGCGGAUCAGUGCACAGGUAGUGAGGACGCACCCCGUACACCCAGAACUGGUGAGCGGGACGUUCCUGUGUCUGGACUGCCAGGGGGUGUGUCCGGACGUGCCCCAGCAGUUCAAGUACGCACCGCCCACCGUCUGCAGGAACCCCGUCUGCAGCAACCGCGCUCGCUUCCACCUAGACACACACCGCUCCAAGUUCAUCGACUUCCAGAAGGUGCGUAUCCAGGAGACCCAGGCAGAGCUGCCCAGAGGGUCCAUCCCCCGCUCUCUAGAGGUGAUUCUGAGGGCUGAGGCUGUGGAGACGGCCCAGGCCGGAGACCGCUGUGAUAUCACUGGCUCACUGAUAGUGGUUCCCGACGUCUCCCAGCUCAGCACCGCAGGUGUGCGAGCAGAGACCAGUUCCCGUGUAGGAGGGAGACAGGGUUAUGAGAACGAGGGCCUUCGCGGUCUUAAAGCCCUGGGUGUCAGAGAGCUGUCCUACAGACUGGCCUUCCUCGCCUGCCAUGUGGCUCCUACCAACCCCAGGUUCGGGGGGAAGGAGCUGCGUGAUGAGGAUCAGACGGCAGAGAGCAUCAAGAGCCAGAUGUCAGUUCAGGAGUGGGAGAAGGUGUUUGAGAUGAGCCAAGACAAGAACCUCUACCACAACCUCGGCACCAGUCUGUUCCCAACUAUACACGGUAACGAUGAGGUGAAGCGUGGUAUCCUGUUGAUGUUGUUUGGGGGUGUUCCUAAGACCACCAUGGAGGGAACGUCUCUCAGAGGAGAUGUCAACGUCUGCAUUGUCGGAGACCCCUCUACCGCCAAGAGCCAGUUCCUCAAGCAUGUGGAGGAGUUCAGUCCCAGGGCUGUGUAUACCAGUGGGAAGGCCAGCAGUGCAGCAGGUUUAACAGCAGCUGUGGUUCGAGACGAGGAGUCACAUGAGUUCGUCAUCGAGGCCGGCGCGCUCAUGCUCGCUGACAACGGUGUGUGUUGUAUCGAUGAGUUUGAUAAGAUGGAGACCAGAGACCAGGUGGCCAUCCACGAGGCCAUGGAGCAACAGACCAUCUCCAUCACUAAAGCUGGAGUCAAGGCCACUCUGAAUGCCCGUACGUCCAUCCUGGCGGCUGCUAACCCAGUCGGUGGUCGCUACGACCGCAGCAAGAGUCUGAAACAGAACGUCAACCUAUCAGCUCCCAUCAUGAGCCGCUUCGACCUCUUCUUCAUCCUAGUGGACGACUGCAAUGAGGUGACAGACUAUGCCAUAGCCAGACGUAUUGUGGAUCUGCACUCUCGCAUUGAGAACUCAGUAGACAGACUCUACUCUCUGGAUGAGAUCAGAAGAUACCUGCUCUUCGCCCGGCAGUUCAAACCCAAGAUCUCUGGUGAGUCAGAGGAGUUCAUCGUGGAGCAGUACAAACGGCUGCGUCAGCGCGAUGGCUCUGGGGGCGUGGCCACAUCUGCCUGGCGAAUCACAGUGAGGCAGCUGGAGAGCAUGAUCCGCCUUUCUGAGGGCAUGGCCCGCAUGCACUGCUGUGAUGAGGUCCAGCCAAAGCACGUCAAGGAGGCAUUCCGCCUGCUCAAUAAAUCCAUCAUCAGAGUGGAGACACCUGACAUCAACCUGGACCAGGACCAGAACCAGGAGAUGGAGGCGGAAGAGGAGGGAGAGAACGGUCAUGACGUUCCUAACGGAGUGAAUGACCAGGAUAACGGGCAGGUGAACGGCCACACCCACGGAGUUACCGGCCAAACCAACGGUGUGAAUGGUCACGCUGACAGCAGCUCCAAGCCCUCGCUGCGUCUCACCUUCCCAGAGUACCGCCGCAUCUCCAACCUGCUGGUGCUGCACCUCCGCAGGGCCGAGGAGGCUGAAGAGGAGGAGGAGUUGAAGAAGAGUGCAGUGAUCAACUGGUAUCUGAAGGAGAUGGAGUCAGAGAUUGACUCAGAAGAGGAACUCAUCAACAGAAAGAGCCUCAUAGAGAAGGUCCUGCAUAGACUAGUGCACUAUGAUCAUAUCCUGAUUGAGCUGUCUCAGGGGGGGCUGAAAGGGUCAGAGACAGAGACACAGGAAGAAGUUCUAGUCGUUAACCCCAACUACACUCUGGAGGACUAGACUCAUCUCAUCCCUCCUUUCUCCCCUCUAACUCCCUCCUCUUUCUAUGGGUUUAUGUCAGACUCCAAUUCAAGACUCUUGAAGCUGUUUUUAUUGAACAUUGAUCUGUGUAAUGACAUUUUAAACUUGUGGUAAGGUUUCAUUUCAUUCCUGCUUUGUAGACUUUUUCACAACUCUAGCCUGUUUAAAAAAUGUUUAUUUGUAUUAUUGUAGCCAGGUGAGUAAAUGUAAAUAUGUUGCCCUGAUUUCUCCAGAGCGUUUGCUGGCUUAUGGCUGUUGAAGUUUGUGCGUGUCCUCAGUUAACUUAAUGUUAAUCCACUGACUGUACCUCCCAUGUUAAAUGUAUGCAUACAACAAAAUACACACAAAUGAAAGUCUACCUUUGAUGCAUAUGUUUUAUAUAAAAAAUACAAAUAAGUGAGAAAAACAAAGAGAAGAAAAAUCAAAUGUUUGAUGCUGUUAAUGCCCUCCCUGUGGCCGGUGGUGUUUCACUGACCUCGUUAGAUAUGUCUCUGCAUCUUAGCUGCUGUGUGAAUGGCUGUACUGUGUUUAUACUGCGCUGGUCUCGUCAUUUAAUAAAGGACUGUCUUCUCCAUGUGAUUCACACACA